GCGAAAAAGAGCGUUUUCUCCCCCCAGCAGCGCGUGGCUCGACAUAAGCAGCUCUCUUCUUUCAUUAUUAAAAAGGAGAAGGUGACACCUGCAAACUCACCCGCUUCUUUUCUACCAACCAUUUUGGUCUCUUUUUCCGUCACGUAUCUGUUGUAGCGUAAGCGAAACCGAGAAGCACAACACGUGGUGUUCGUCAAGAUGGGCGGUCCCAUGAGCAAGGACUGGUUCAGUCCGUACAGCAUCAACACCCCUCUUAUCGGCGUUACCGGGUUCUCCAUGUACUUUAACAGUGUGCGGAACGGCAGGAUGCAUAUUGUUAACGUGUACACAAACCUCUUCCUUUGCGCAAUACUCGGCACCUCAAAUGGGUUCUAUGGGACAUUGCGUGAUCCGUUGUGGGGGGCUCGAUUAGGCGUGCUCGGAUCUGUCAUUUUCACUCUCGGUGCCCCUGCUAGAAUUCUCUUCACUGGUCGUCUUUUUCCGCGGUUCGUGCAUUAUGGCAUCGGAGGCUUCUACUGCACCUAUCAUUCAUUACAGUGGUACAAGGCGCUGCACUACUUCGAGGAUGCUGGAGAGGACAACGAGGACGAGUUUUUCUGA